AAUAUAAAUAAAUAAAAUUGUCAAAACGCCGGGGUAUGCAUAUUUUGAUGCUAACUGUAUUAGAUCACCCUGUACUUGUUACUGAGUAGCAUGCAUAUUUUUAUUACUGAAAACAAAAAGUAAUUAGAAUUUGAAAAAAAAUAUUACUUAAUUGGUGAAACACUACAAAAAAUACAGAAUAAUGAGAUACAUGCACGCAUUGCAUGUAUGUGCAUACAUAUGUACAUAUGUAUAACAGCAGCGGCAAAACCGGUGGAGACAGAGUCGGCAUUCUUCCCAUAACAUAAGAGUUCGUAUUUGAUAAACACAACAUUCAGUUGAUUUGUGAACAGUGAAGCUGGUUAACGUAUUUUUUUCGAAAAGGUAGCUUCGAACGAAAAAACAACAAUUCAAAAGUGCAGACACACAUUCACUGCACUUAAAGGAAAAAAAAAACAAAAAAACGUGUAAUACAAAUUAGUUUAAAAAUAGCAAUCAAAAGUAUAAUCACUGCCGCAAAAAAUGGCUACCUCUCAGCUGAUCGACGAAUUAUAUGACUUCAUGUAUCCGCUUGCACUGAGCGCGGGUGAAAUUCUACUCGAGGGCUAUGAGGAGGCCGGAAAGCAGGUCAACAUAAAGACAGCAUUCUAUGACGUAGUCACCGAGUAUGACAACAAGAUCGAAGAAUUUCUAAUUGAACAAAUAUUGGCCCGUUAUCCCGAACACAAAUUCAUCGGCGAAGAGGAUACAGCGAAGAAUAAUCAUGUGACAAAAGAGCUUACCGAUGCACCAACUUGGAUUAUUGAUCCCAUCGAUGGCACAUCGAAUUUCAUCAAACAGAUACCGCAUGUCUGCAUCUCAAUUGGUUUGGCGGUAAAUAAGCAGAUCGUUUUGGGCAUAAUAAACAAUCCGGUGCAAAAGAAAAUCUACACAACGAAACUGGGUGGUGGCGCCUUUUGCAAUGGCAAGCGCAUACAAGUGAGCAGUGUAGAUAAUAUGAACGAAGCGAAUGUGGCGUACGAAGUGUCGCUGUUGCAUGCACAUAAAAUACGUAAUAAACAUAUAAAGCGAAUCUAUCACAUAGGGAUGCAAGCAAGAAGAUUACUCGCCUAUGCAUGUGUGGUGGAUUCCUUGUGCAUGGUGGCUGCCGGAAAUUUGGAUGCCUUUCAUAUUGAAGACAUGUAUCCAUGGGAUUGUGCUGCCGGCUAUUUGCUUAUACGUGAAGCUGGUGGCGUUGUAACGCAUCCCUAUGGAGGACCGUUUGAUAUUAUGAAACCAGAUUUAAUAUGCGCUGGCACAGAGCGUUUGCGCAAGGAAUUGGAAGAGAUAAUAAAGAAAGCCGAUCAAGUGAAGUCGGUGGGGGGAGAAGAGGAGUAAAUAGAAAUCAUAAAGGUUACUCGUAUUAAUGUACUUAAUGCUUUAAAUUUUAUACUAAUUAAAAAUUAUAAGACAAAUAAGAAAAUUUAUUAAAUGUAGUCCGCGAAAUUUCUUCUUAAGCUUU